CGAAAAAUACAACAAGGAAGUGAUUGGUUUAUUGUGAAGGAAAUUAACCACCGGAUUAAACGUCUCCCCACAUCUGGGUUAUUUAGUGCUUUACGGUGGGGUGCCAGCAGGGCUGAAGUCACCGUGGACUCGCCCGGGAACCCGCAUCAAGUCGCCGCGAAGGACUCCGCUCUUAGCCCGCUCGGUAGCUAGCAAUGAACACGGACGUGGAAUUUCACAUCAGGCAGAAUUAUCCGUGGAGCAAGCUGCCAGCUAAUGUCAAACAGAGUUUGGGCAACUCGCAGCGCGAAUACGAGAAGCAUGUGCUGCUGUACAGCAUCCGCAACCAGCUGCGAUUCCGCAAUAACCUAGUCCGCCACGUCAGGAAGGACGAGCGCAGGUACUAUGAGGAGCUGCUAAAAUACAGCAGGGACCACCUGAUGCUGUACCCCUACCACCUGUCUGACAUCAUGGUCAAAGGGCUGCGAGUCACUCCGUUCUCAUACUACAUAGGAAUCAUGGAGGUGAGGAACUCCUGA